CUUAAACUGAACGAGAAUUAUUGUUCUUGUGUUUUAUUGGUUAGAAAUUCAGAAACGGAAUAUUAUCAGUGAAAUUUGCUGUGAAGAAAUGCAGGCUGAGAGGAGGGAGUUAUCACAGUCUUUGAGUUUUAAUAGCUAUUCCAAUAAGAAUUUGGCUGAAAUUGCUGAUAGAGUUGUGGAAGAAUUUAGUGCUGAAAAUGGAACAGAGGAGAAUCCUUUUGUUGAGGUUAAUGGAAGUUUAAUAAGCUGCGUUGAGAAGGAUCAGGAGGAGGAAGAAGGAAGAAAUGAAGAAGAUGACGAUGAAUUCGAGUUUUCAUUUGUGAAAGAGUCUGAAAUUUCACCUGUUGCUGCUGAUGAGAUCUUUCACAAUGGCCAGAUCCGUCCAAUUUACCCGCUUUUCAAUAGAGAUUUGUUGCUGAACAAUGAUGAUUUCAUGAAUGGCAGCAGCUCUAAAUCGAAUGGGAUGGUGGAGGAGGUGGUUUCUGCUCGACCGAAAUCCAUUCGGCUUCCUUUACGGAAGCUUUUUCUUCAGGAAGAAGAGCGAGAAGGUAAUUCGUCGUGCUCAUCAUCGGAAGCCGAUGAUUUAGAAGGAAUUCCAGAGGGAACUUACUGCGUAUGGAGACCUAAACCGGAUGAAAAAUGUAAGAAAAGCAACUCUACAGGCUCAUCAAAACGCUGGAAGUUUCGUGACCUUCUAUACAGGAGUAAUAGCGAUGGCAAGGACACUUUCGUCUUUUUGACACCUUCACUCAAAAAGAAAGAAAAUAAAGCCGAGAAAGCGCCGACGCCGCCGACGACGACAACCACAAAAUCUAAGGGAGAAUUAGAACCAGCGAUGCAUUAUGUGAAGAACGGAGGAGGUGAAAAAAGGAAAACGUAUUUACCGUACAGGCAAGAUCUAGUGGGAUUCUUUGCUAACAUGAACGCUACGAAUCGGAAUGUAAUGCCAUUGUGAGAGGUGAAUACGUGAUUAAUUAAUCAAGGUUCUUAUUAAUUAUGAUUACGUAGUUGAUUAAUUUGAGUGAUUUGGAGUGAUCAUGUUAGGAUUUAGAGUGAUUAAAUUAGGGAGUAAAUGAGGAUUAGAGCGUUUGUAAAUAUCUAGAUAAGUUUUAUGCUUAUCUCAGUUGAUGAAUUAUGAAUGAAAUCUUUGUUUUAGUAGUA